CAUUAUCAAACACUCACACGUGAAGACUAUCGCGACUGGAACCUUUCGAGGAUGUUUUCACCUGAAAAGAGUGGAGCUGAAUUCCAACCAGUUUGAGAGAUUUUCGUCCAAGAUCUUCGACUCGCCAAAUUCGAUCACUGAACUAAACUUGAUGUCUAACAAGCUGACAGAACUCAGGAAAGGGGAUCUGGACGGCCUUGGGCAUUUGCGUCAGUU